UGCCAUUACUCGGUGGAGUAUUGUGUGAAAAUAAUACUUCUACGAAUUCAUCGGAUCCUAAUAAGGAUAUGUAUGUCAUACACGCUAUGGUGUAUCAAGUUGGUAUUUUAACCAACAAAACUGACGAUAAUGGUUCUAACGUUACCAUGGGAAAUCAAGAGGCUCUUACAUUCUACCACACUAACGGCUCCAAAGUUGAUUUGAGUAAUAUCCCUGCUCCAUUGCUGACCAACGUGACGGCCCAAAGCAUGGUCCAAGUGGCUCCAAAGCCCACCAGUGGAGACAAGUCACAAGUGUCGUGGUCAGCAUUAAAAAACUUGGCAUCUUUACCGCAAUUUGCCCCGGGAAUCAAAUCAUCAGGAAAUGUACCUAUGAACAUCGCAAAACGCAGCAUAUUUGAUGAGGACAUGCCUGAAAUGAUGGGUGAGUUAGAGUACUUCGAUGUUCCUGGAUCAGCCAUUAAUAAAAGAUCAGCUGAUAAUCUUAGAGAUCUAUUUAAAAGGGACGCAUCUGACAAAGCUACGGUCAAAGUGGUGAAGGGCGCAGCGCUGAUACCCCAGGGGGCGGGAGUGCAAUCGAUCGCGCUGCCGCCGCUGUUGUCGCUCAACAAUAACCUCUCCGACAUACCGGUCCCAAUACCCAACACUUCGAUAGUGCACUACGCUAAAAUCAGCACGGUCGUACGCAAACCGUGAAACUGCGAGAUAUGGGACUAUGAUAAGGACGAUCGGCGACUUAUGAUUGUUAUUCCAAGAUGUAGUUCUGUGGAUGACUAUGAUCUGUAUUUUGUCCAUUUUCUGAUUUUUAAUACCUACU